AUGGCCGGAGCUAUGGCUGGAAACAUCUAUCGGACGGGACAGCUCGCCGUCACGGAGCUCAGGGAGACGUAUGCCCAGUCCAAGGCGAGGGGCUUGGACGGCGAUUUCGAAUCGCCCGCCAGCAUGCACAUUCCCGGCGCGUUUCCAGACGUGGCCGUGACGGCGCAAGGCAGCGGCGAGCAGCUGAUCAUAUUUCCGAGCUAUGCGAAGCAACACAACAAAAGGGAACGGGGGCAACCCUCUGCAUACGCGUCGGAAGCCGGCAACCUGCAGGACGAGGACUACUGGCGCUCGGAGUGGGAGAGGCACCAGGACGAGAGGGCGAUUGUGGAUGUCGACGUUCGAGGCUGGCUAUACUAUCCACAUACCGGUCCCAUCACGCGGCGGAAUCGCAUCUUGAUCGGCCUUGCGCGCCAGCUCAGUGGUAUCCCCGUCCCAAGAGCGGAACAAGCCCAAGCUCAGGCGACUGCGCCUCUGAAUCCGAACGAGGAACAACGAGAACAGGAGAAGAUUGCGCAAGAAGCCGCCAUGAUUGAGCGCAGGGGUCGGGAGGAGAAGCGCAUAGCCAACAGUGGCGCCUACAGCGAACAGCCGCGCGAAGAUACGGGCCUCGGAGGAUCUGCGUACCCUCUACCUCGGCCGCCGCCUCCUCGCGUAGAUAGUCGAACGUCCGACUCGCUUUCAGGGAGUCCCAAGCCUCCUCCGAGCAGACAGAACUCGUCGCUGGCCAACGAGCUCACAGAAGGCGAGCUGGUCUCGGCAAAUGCCAACCUGAUGGCCAGGAUAGCACCAUUCAUGACCAAUCCGCUGGUUGCUCACCCCAUCACUAUUUUCUUCUACAACGACACAAAGUCGCAGUCUCGAAACGUGCUCACAGACGAUUCCGGCCACUUUGCCGUUCGCGCGCCCUUGGAUUUCGUUCCUGCACACGUCAGGGUGCUCGUAAAAGAAGGUCUAUCGACGACUCAAGAGGUCAAAUACAUCGAGCCAUAUGGCGUCAGCCUCAUCAGCGACAUUGACGACACCGUCAAGACGUCCAACAUCUCAGCAGGCGCCAGGGAAAUCUUCAGAAACACCUUUGUGCGAGAGCUGGGCGACCUCACGAUCGAGGGAGUCAAAGAAUGGUACGGCAAGAUGCACGCACUUGGUGUGAGCGUGCACUACUGCUCCAACAGCCCGUGGCAGCUGUACCCCAUGCUGGCCACCUUUUUCAGGAUUUCCGGGCUCCCCGUCGUGUCUCUACAUCUGAAGCAGUACUCGGGCAUGCUCCAGGGCAUCUUUGAGCCUGUGGCAGAGCGAAAGAAGAACACGCUUGUCCGCCUGCUCCGAGAUUUCCCACAGCGCAAGUUCCUCCUUGUUGGAGACAGCGGAGAAGCCGAUUUGGAGGUGUAUACGGAGCUGGCGCUGGCAUAUCCCGGACGGGUCCUCGCCGUCUUCAUUCGCGAUGUGACAACGCCCGAAGCAGCAGCCGCCUACUUUGAGCCAUCCUUUGACAUGACUCGACGGACAUUGUCUGGCUUGAACCUCAACAACAGCGGCCCUGCGAACAGUCGGCCUGCGGUGCGACAAAACUCGGCGCCAGGACAAGCCAGCAAUGCAAAGCCUCCUGCCGGCCCCGUGAUGGGCACCCUGAUUGACUUUUCCGACGAGCCUGAAGAGGCGAAGCUGGAUGAAGCUGCCGCUCUGGAGCAGGUCAGAAAGUCGAGGCCAGGUCCAUCGCUCAGUGCGACAGAAUUGCUCGCUCGCAAACCCCCGCCCCCUCCUCGUCCGGCGAAGCCAGCUGCUCUAGCCAGCAGUCCCGCUUUACCAACUGCCAGGAAGCCAUCAGUAGGCCUUGGGAUAUCAGGGGCUGGUGCGAAUAGCGGCUCCGAGCCACCGCCGGUGCCAGCAAGGAAGCCCGUCGGCAGCAACACGAACCAGCCGGUCCAUCCACUGGCGCAGAUACAGAACUCGUCCCAGCAAACCAUCGAGCCACCUAAACCGCCCGCCAAAGACGAUCCCAAGGCCGACAAACCCCCUCCUCCUCCUCCCCCACCUCGUCGGAGCACCAAGAACCUCAGCCCGCGAAUGCUGUCCCGCGCUUAA